AUGGCCUUCCUGUCCCGACUGAAUCUUCAGGAGGGCCUCCAAACCUUCUCUGUUCUGCAGUGGCUCCCCGUCUGUGUGAUUUUAGGACUUUUUCCCAUGAUCCUUAUACCUGUUCUGGUGUUCACUAAGUUCUGGGCCGUGUCGGUGCUUGCCAUAGCCUGGAUCGCCUAUGAUUGGAAAACCCACACUAACGGUGGUAGGCGUUUCGCAUGGGUACGAAAAUGGACCAUCUGGAAGUAUUUCCGAAAUUACUUCCCAAUAAAGCUGGUGAAGACUCAUGACCUCUCUCCCAAACACAACUAUAUCAUUGCCAACCACCCCCAUGGCAUUGUCUCUUACGGGGUCUUCAUCAACUUUGCCACUGAGGCCACUGGCUUUGCUCGGAUUUUCCCAGGCAUCACUCCUUCUCUAGGGACCUUGGAAGGGAUCUUCUGGAUCCCAAUUGUGCGAGACUAUGUGAUGUCAUUCGGUGUGUGCCCUGUGAGCAAGUCGGCCUUGAAGUAUGUGCUCACCCAGAAAGGCUCAGGCAAUGCCGUGGUUAUUGUGGUGGGCGGAGCCACCGAAGCCCUCAUGAGCCAACCAGGAAUUUCUACCAUCUUCCUUAGACAGCGUAAAGGUUUUGUGAAGAUGGCACUGAAGACAGGAGCAUACCUUGUCCCUUCCUAUUCCUUUGGAGAGAACGAUGUUUUCAAUCAAGAAAAAUUCCCUGAGGGCACAUGGAUGAGGUUCUUACAAACCUUAUGCAAAAGAAUCAUGGGACUAAGUUUCUGUACCUUCCAUGGCCGAGGCCUCACUCGAGAAUCCUGGGGCUUCCUGCCUUUCAAUCGACCCAUUACCACUGUUGUUGGGGAGCCCCUGCCAAUCCCCAAGAUUAACAAGCCAGACGAGAAGACAGUGGACAAAUACCAUGCACUCUACAUCAGUGCCCUGCGCAAGUUGUUUGACCAGCACAAAGUUCAGUAUGGCCUUCCUGAGACCCACUGUCUGACAAUCAUAUAA